ACAUGCAGCCUGCCAGUGCUGCAGUGAGCACGCACACACAGGCGCACAGACGGAGCCCAGAGCCCCUGAAGCCGCCUCCUGGGACCCUCGCCCUGCCCCUCCAUGGGCAGGGGUCCCUGGCCACCUCCGACCACUGCUGUGGGGGGGCCCGCAGAGGCCAGGGGCUGGCAGACCAUGUAACCAGGGCUGCCACCGGGAGCGCGGAGGGGAAGGGAGCCCCCAGCCUUGCUGGGCCGGCCCAGGCCCCUCCGCGGCUCCCCCUUCCACUGCCCACCUGCCCAGCACCCCACCCCCACCCCAGACUGUGGCUGCCAACCCCAGGACUCCCCAAGCUCUGCCCCUGUGCGCGGCAGCCCUGAGCGGGGCUAGACUCCAAGAUGCCCUUGGUGGAUUUCUUCUGCGAGACCUGCUCCAAGCCAUGGCUGGUGGGCUGGUGGGACCAGUUCAAGAGGAUGCUCAACCGGGAGCUCACACACCUGUCAGAGAUGAGCAGGUCAGGAAACCAGGUCUCUGAGUACAUCUCCUCCACGUUCCUGGACAAGCAGAAUGAAGUGGAGAUCCCAUCGCCCAUGAUGAGGGAUGGAGAACGGGCACCUCGGCCGAGACCCUCCCAGCAGCCCCCACCCCCGGAGCCACAGUUCCAGCCUAUGUCUCAGAUCACGGGGGUGAAGAAGAUGACGCACAGCAGCAGCCUGACUGACGCCAGCAUACCCCGCUUCGGGGUGAAGACAGACCAAGAGGAGCUCCUGGCCCAAGAGCUGGAGGACCUGAACAAGUGGGGCCUGAACAUCUUCCACGUGUCAGAUUAUGCCAGGGGCCGCUCCCUCAGCUGCAUCAUGUACACCAUAUUCCAGGAACGGGACCUCCUGAAGAAGUUCCACAUCCCGGUGGACACGAUGGUGACAUACAUGCUGACCCUGGAGGACCACUACCACCAGGAUGUGGCCUACCACAACAGCCUGCACGCGGCCGAUGUGCUCCAGUCCACCCACGUGCUGCUGGCCACGCCUGCGCUGGACGCUGUAUUCACAGACCUAGAGAUCCUCGCAGCCCUCUUCGCGGCUGCCAUACACGACGUGGACCACCCCGGGGUCUCCAACCAGUUCCUCAUCAACACCAAUUCGGAGCUGGCGCUCAUGUACAAUGACGAGUCGGUGCUGGAGAACCACCACCUGGCCGUGGGUUUCAAGCUGCUGCAGCAGGACAACUGUGACAUCUUCCAGAACCUCAGCAAACGCCAGCGGCAGAGCCUGCGCAAGAUGGUCAUCGACAUGGUGCUGGCCACCGACAUGUCCAAGCACAUGACCCUCCUGGCUGACCUGAAGACCAUGGUAGAAACCAAGAAAGUGACCAGCUCAGGGGUCCUUCUGCUGGACAACUAUUCCGACCGCAUCCAGGUCCUGAGGAACAUGGUGCACUGUGCAGACCUCAGCAACCCCACCAAGCCGCUGGACCUGUACCGCCAGUGGACGGACCGCAUCAUGGCCGAGUUCUUCCAGCAGGGCGACCGCGAGCGGGAGCGCGGCAUGGAGAUCAGCCCCAUGUGCGACAAGCACACGGCCUCGGUGGAGAAGUCUCAGGUGGGGUUCAUCGACUAUAUUGUGCACCCGCUGUGGGAGACAUGGGCCGACUUGGUCCACCCGGACGCCCAGGAGAUCCUAGACACCCUGGAAGACAACCGGGACUGGUACUACAGCGCCAUGCGGCAGAGCCCGUCGCCGCCGCCCGAGGAGGAGCCGGGGGGGCCGGACCACCCAACCCCCCCGGAUAAGUUCCAGUUCGAGCUGACGCUGGACGAAGAGGAGGAGGAGGAGGUGCCCUCUGCUCUGGGUGCAGUUGAGGUGCAGGAAUUAUUCAUGCCUCAGGAUGCAUCCCCAGGGGAGGAACCGUUGGAUGUCGAUGGCCAAGACGCAUCCACCGAGGUGGACACAGAGGAAAUGUCCUUGGCACAGCCAGCAGAUGGUGUGCCUGUGGGCCAGGACGAGUCCGCAGCCCCAGACGCGUCAGUGGAUGCCAUGGGCUGCAGCGGCCCCCACGCCCUGUCUCCGGAGAGGCCAGGCCUGCCUGCCUUGAGGACCCCACCCACUCCAGAGGCUGCCCCGGGCCUCCGGGGCCUCCCCUCCACGGCAGCCGAGGCGGGGGCCCAGAAAGAGCAUCAGGCUGCCAAGAGGGCGUGCUGUGCCUGCACUGGGACAUUGGGCGAGGACCCACACACACUCCCAGCCCCUGGUGGGUGGGGGUCUGCUGGAGGCCCUACCUGAGCCUCAGCCUCUAUACCCUCAUACCCUUCCUGCCUCCUUUCACCUCCAUCGUCCCCCGACUGCCUCCUUCACUGCCUCAAAGACUCUUCGGCCUCCUGAGAAAAAAGAAAACAGAAAAGUGGGGUUUUUUUCUCUUUUCUUUUUUUCCCCUUUCCCCCCUCACCCCCAACCCAACCCAUGGGGCACAUUUCGGAGGUGGGGCCUGGGGAAGGAGGGGCUGAGGUUCUGGAAGGGGUUUUAUUUUUGGAAUUUUCAUUGUUACAUUUUUAGAAAAAAAAAACAGGGAAAAAAAAACAAACAACAGGAUGAAACACAGCAACUGUAGAUGCUCCUGUUCCCAGCUACCCCCUGGUCCAUCUCCAACCCCACCCCGCACCCCUCCCAGGCCCCAGGCUCAGUCUUCCAGCCUCUGUGGGCUCUCCACCUGAGCCCAAGCAGGCAUAAGGUCUCCUUCCAGGCUCUUCCUAAAUUUGGAGGGUUUCUAGAAUCCAGCCAGGGAAUAGCCAUUCUGGGCGGGGGCCCAGUGGGGCGGGUCACUCUGAGAGGCCCCAGCUCCAGCCCCUCACAGGCUCACUGCCUCCCCGCCAAGUCUUCCACCUCAUUUUGCACAAACCUGGCAAUAUUGACUCGGGGACAGGCUUGGGGAUGCUGUACAACCUAGGAUGCUGGGAGGGGAAGGUGUGAGGGGGACAUUUGCACCACCAGCCUGGGGUCUGCGCUCUGAGGAGGGCCUGAUCCACUUGCCACCCCCGUCCCCUUCCACUUUGGGUUCUGUUUGACUUUUCUCCAUUUUGGGGGACAGCUCCAAGCUGCACCCCCUUCUUCCAGCUGCUUCUCCUCUUGUUUCUGCCUUAAUGAUUCUCAUGGCCAUAGGAGAGGGUUGCAGUGGCUCCCACCUGCACCUUGGGUGGGGCGGGGCCAGACCCAGAGCCCCAUCCUAGGCAUCCCCCCCAGCAUCCUCCUGCCCCCCUCCCUGACCCUUUGCCCUAGGAGGAAGCAAUAAUGGUGUACACCCACAUUCCCUUUCUGGGCCUCCUUCCCUACCCUGGCACCAAAGUCAUUUCUCCUUUGUUCCGCCUUGCCAAGCCGCGCCCUCGCCCUUAACUAUUCCCCAAGCAAUAUGACAGACAGAUGCAAGGCCAUUUCUCUCCAAGCCAUGGGGGACUGUUUGGAAGGAAGGACCCCCUCUUCCCUCGCCCCCGCUCCCCGUGGCCUGGUUCUGUAGAUGGGUGGGGUGGGGCCUCUCUCAUUGCCUCCACCCCUUCAAUUCUGAGCACAUGGUACUGUAGCCCAACCCCCCCCCCCGACCCCCGCAGCCUUCCAUCCGUCUGUCUAUCCCACUGGGGAGUACCACCCUCUCCCACCCUCAUGAUACUGUACAGGGUUCAUUUUUGUAGCAAAAGUAGUUUCUGUCCUAGCCGGCAACCGGAGUGGGCCUUUUUUUGUUUGUUUUCUUGUUUUCCUUUCUUUCUUUUUCUUUGUACAUACUGUAAGGUUGGUUUGUAAAUUUAUUCUACAGAGGCAAAAAGGGAAAAUAAACGUGCCCUUCCCCGGCUGACCCAGUCAGGGAAGGAAGGGUGGGGAUCUCCCAAGAGGGAGAAUCCCUAUUCCUGUUGUAUUAUAUCAGCUGUACCAUAGACCCCAAAAGGGUGGGCUCGGCGCUGUUUGAUGGGGAGUCGGUUCAUCCAGGGGGUAAGGGCUGGGCAGAGCCUGUCCCUCCCCCUGCCCAGGGCUGGGCUCGACUGGCAACAGUUGAGAUGGACCAUCCCACCCCCAAUCAGGGCUCCUCUCUCCAUGGGGGGUGCACAAGUCCCCCGGGAGGUACUCCAGUUUAUCCACUUUGAUGGUCUAUCAAUCAGUCCAUUGAUCGAUAAUCUUUCGAUCCUGUCUCCAAUUAAACCGAGGCUUUCACUGAU